CUCUCUCUCUCUCUCUCUCUCUCUCUCCCUCUCGCUCUCUCUCUCUAUCCCUCUCUCAGACCUCGGAGACGCGGCACGCAGCAGCAGAAGAUGGCUGAGCGCACCGGGCAGCUGGAGCCCCGCACGGCGGCAGCGUCGUUAUCCCCGUCCCUCUCACCGGGGCGAACCUGAAACCCCUUCCUCCUGUUUCUCCUCCUCCUCUAAACACAAAUCCAAAGAAUCCCCGUGUCUGUACCGAGUCUCCGUGCGUCCGCGACCCCACGUUAUUUCUCCUGACACACGCGCGCGCACACGCGCGCACACACACACACGGAGGAUUUUUUUUCUCGUUUUGGUUUCUUUAAUCGCAGCAUGGCGGAAACGGAGAAGGAGAGCAGCAAAGCUCCGGAGAGCAAGAGGAGCCGGAAACCCGCUCACCCCGUCAAGCGCGAGAUCAACGCAGACAUGAAGAGUUUUGCGGAGAACACGAUGAACGAGCUGCUCGGGUGGUACGGCUACGACAAAGUGGAGCUGCGAGACUCGGACGAUCUGGAGAUUCGCAACUAUCCGGAUGGAGAAAUCCGUCAGCACAUCUCCGUCCUGAAAGAAAACUCUUUGCCAAAAGCGGUGAUGCCCGAGGGCAGCUCGUCUCCUCCUCAUGCCAACAGCUCUUCUUCAACUCCUACAUCACGUAACAGCGUCGCCACGGAGAUGCCUGCUAACCCUGCCUCCUCCUCCUCCUCCUCCUCUUCCUCAACGACAGUUGCCAAGGAGCAAGGGAGCAUGCCAAUCAUAGUUCCCCUGAUUCCACCCCCACUCAUCAAACCACCAGCAGAGGAGGACAUGUGUAACGUUCAGAUUGUGUGUGCGUGGUGUCAGAAGGUCGGGUUGAAGCGAUACUCCCUCAGCAUGGGCUCUGAACUCAAGAGCUUCUGCAGUGAGAAGUGUUUCGCCGCGUGUCGACGCGCCUAUUUCAAACGCAACAAGGCCAGAGAGGAGGAGGCCUCCACGCAGCACAGCAAAGACACGCCCAGACUUGUCCUCAAGACACACAGCGAUGCGCUUUCAAGGGUCAGAGGUGAAGGAGACGCGGGAGACGAGUUGAGAUGUAAACCAGAGGCGCUAAUGUCUGAGGUGUGUGACUGGUGUAAGCACAUCCGCCACACUAAAGAGUAUCUGGAUUUUGGCUCGGGUGAGCGCCGUCUCCAGUUUUGCAGCGCUAAGUGUCUCAAUCAGUACAAGAUGGACAUCUUUUAUAAAGAAACCCAGGCGGCUCUGCCCGGUGGACUGUGUAACCCCCUUUAUCCGACCGGAGACGGAAAAACGGAAGCAAACCCCGGGGUCCAACUUCUGACCCCUGAAUCUUGGAAUGCACCUUUUAGCGAACUAAGGCCCCGCAAGGCAUCAUCUCCAGGGGCAACCACAUCCGGGGCUGGACACUCAGGAUCUGUAUCUGCAUCACCCUCUGAUUCCAGCGCUGCAGGUUCAGUGUCUUCAUCAUCCUCAUCUUCGGUGAAAAUGCCCACGCCAAGGCCACAUGAGAGUCCAACGUUACCCCCGCCACCACCCCUGCCACCACCCCCUGCUCCUGGAAUUCACCCAUCCAUGGGUGUGUUGCCCAAUGGAAGUCCUCCAAUGAUAAUGACGCCUCGUGGCCCAGUUCCCCUGCCAAUCUUCAUGGAGCACCAGAUGAUGCACCAAUUGCGACCUCCCUUUCUACGCCCCGCUGGCCCCAACAGCCCCCUUCCUAAUCCGAUGAUUCCUGGAAUUGGGCCACCUCCUCCACCUCGGACCUUGGGUCCUCCGUCAAGUCCCAUGCACCGACCCUUGCUUUCACCCCAUGUCCACCCCUCUUCCACCCCCACCAUGCCGGUUAACCCUCCUGGAAUAAUGCCUCCUCAUCCAGGUACCCACAUACCUGGACUUCCCUUUCCGCCGGUUAACAUCAUGCCACCAGGGCCCAUACCAAUGCCACCUAUGAUGAACUUUGGAAUGCCAUCACUGGCGCCGUUAGUACCUCCUCCGAUGCUUUUAGUGCCAUAUCCUGUAAUUGUGCCAUUACCUGUCCCGAUUCCCAUCCCUGUUCCUAUACCAAUCAGUCCAAAGGCAUCCGGCGAUCGCCCGGGGAAUGAUGGCAUGCUUCCAGAUCUUUCUGGUGAGCACAGUGACUUGCAGGACUCGUCCAUCUCCCCCAGUUCAUCCAGAGGAGAAGGUGGAGCACAGAAGCAAAAUUCCUCGAGCUCAGAUGUGCUUUCUCCAGGCAUUUCCAGCCAGACGGAACGGCACAGUAUGAACUUGAUUAAAAUAGAAAGUGCUGGAAGUUCCAGUUCAUCAAAUCCAGGAUCCCCUACAGAAGCACCAGCAAACGGAAUAAUUGACUUGACGACGAACAGGCGCUCCCGGCAGCAGCUAGUGAUCCAGAGAGCUGCGCCGUGCGUGCAGGUGAAGCCUGAGCCUGAAUCAACCACACCCACUGGUCUUAGCGUGUCAAGAACGGGUGAACGUGAAACGAUUGAGAGAGAUUCGUGCAGCAUAGGACCAUUAGAAGAUGCUCAAAAAGACAGAGACACGGAAGUUAAAAGCCCACUGAACAACAUCAUUCUGCCUUGUGCUGACCCUUCAUUCUGCAGCGCUACGCCUUUACUAUCUCAACCAAUUACAUGCAGCCUUUCUACCCACGUGGCCAGCAUCGGUGUGACGAAGACAGAGCCAGGUACUGCUACGCCUUGUAACGUGAUUGUUAAUGGCAGCUGCAAUGUGCAGCCACUAGAUCCCGCAGUCCGGACACCACCUCCAGAACAGCGCCCCGCUGUGGAAAUGAACCGAAGGACAGCCACAAUUUGUGAUGAGCCAACCGAGGGAGAGGACCUAAAGGAAAACAGCUGCUCAGCCAUUGAGAGAACCUUUUCCGAGCAGGCUGUAGCACCUGGGUGUGCCGUAGAGGAAAAAUCCCCAGAGGCAGAAGAUGCCGCAUCUGGAGCAGAUCAUGCGUAUGCCUUGCCCAUCAUGCCUAAACCGGGCUGCGUCAUUCAGCCCGUGCCAAAACCAGCAGAUAAGACGGCGGCCAUAUUGGCGUGUGGCUUGGAAGCUCCGUUAUCAGCGGUGGGAACAGCAGACAUGGAGCCACCGUUGAAAAGGAGGUGCUUGCGAAUCCGCAAUCAGAACAAGUGAAGAGUGAGAAAACUCGCAGACACUUACAUCUCACCAAAUGGAAAAAAGCGGAGCACUGCAGCCGAUCCCAUCAGUCCACCGAUCACCACGCCAGCACCUGCCACUGCUCCUACAUAACCUUCUCUACAAGCUCUAUUAUGUCUAUGUUAGAUAAAUGAUUGCACUUCCCCUUAUCUCAGAACAGACUGAUCUUUUAUGGGACGAAUUUUCAACUGAUCGUUCAACUUCUGACCUUACACGGACCUCUGUUUUAUACCGGUUUGGCAUUAUUUUAUCUACAUGGACGUGUCUCCCUCUACAGGACUGGUUCAGCGCUGCAGUGCUAAGGAUUGUGAUGUAGAUAAAGAUAUGUGACAGGGCCAAAACAUGGGUGAUUUAAGCCAAAACAGCAAUCAUGCCCAGGUCCAGUGGACUGCCAAUAAAACAUGCAACAGAGGAAUAGGACCAGCUCCUGAACAGGCCAGGAAGUGGUCCAUGAACAUGGCCUUAAACACGAGGCCUGCCACUCAAAUGUGCCCACAGAUCACAGACAAAUAUUUUUGUUUAUUUUCAGUGUUCAGACGUCUGCUUUUAUUUAUAUUUGGUGAAAGAAAAAGAGCUGGAGCUCUGGGAAUUCAGUAGUAUCACACUUUAUAUGGAUCGAGUAUCAAGAAAGUGAUGAAAAAAAGGUCACUGUGGUUAUAAUCUUUGGUGACAUCUCUUUUUUUUUACUCUUACUUCUUUCUUUGGCACCACCAGCAAGACACCGAACUGUUCCUCUGUGUCCGUUCUGACCACCAGAACGGUACGAAAUGUCAGAAAUACGCCCCCUGCUGGAACAGAAUGGACAAAAUUUAAAAAUCGGAUUGCAGUGCUGCGGGGGGGGGCACGGUGGCUUAGUGGUUAUCACGUUCGCCUCACACCUCCAGGGUCGGGGUUCGAUUCCCGCCUCCACCUUGUGUGUGUGGAGUUUGCAUUUUCUCCCUGUGCCUCCGGGUACUCCGGUUUCCUCCCCCGGUCCAAAGACAUGCAUGGUAGGUUGAUUGGCAUCUCUGGAAAAUUGUCCGUAGUGUGUGAUUGUGUGAGUGAAUGAGAGAGUGUGUGUGUGUGUGUGUGUGUGCCCUGUGAUGGGUUGGCACUCCGUCCAGGGUGUAUCCUGCCUUGAUGCCCGAUGACUCCUGAGAUAGGCACAGGCUCCCCGUGACCCGAGGUAGUUCGGAUAAGCGGUAGAAGAUGAGUGAGUGAUGAAUGAUUGCAGUGCUAACGAUGCUUAGUAUUUCUAGACAGUUUGCUGGUUGCCAGUUAUGGUGGUGUGUAAAAGGGAAAGAUGUGCAAUGUAAACUUUCACUGAGGCAUGGAUGACAGGGUAGAAACGACAUGGCAUCAAAAUCCAGCCUCCAACUGAAACCUGUGCUGAAACUCCAGUUCUUCACCCUUCUGCUAUCUAGAAGAGUCGCCCAAUGAAUCCUGCCAUAAGUUAUGUUAAUGUUAACCAAAUCAGUCCAGAGUUCAGUCAAACUCAUGGACCUCAGUGGAGUAGAGCUCUGAGAUUACUGAGGGUUUUUUCAGGUUUCACAGAUACGUUGUUAUCACACACACACUCUGUUUUUGCCAACUUGCAGUUUUUCAUUGAGUUGCCAUGAUUUUGCCACCUCGAGUGUGAUUAAACAUGCUACGGUUUGCAGAUGUCACACAGUCUGCACACAAACAUGGUCCAGAUAAACAUGGAAAAGAUGAGAUUUAAUAUAAGUGGUCUUUAGACUUUAAGGAAAAGAUCUCAUACAUCAGAUUCGUCUGAAGGAAGUUCGGUCCAACCGUCAAAAGGUCAAAACUUGAAGAAAGCUGAGACACCAAAUCGACAGACAGGGAAGACUUUAAGAAACAAACCAGCAAAGUAAAAAAAAAACAAUUGGAGCUACAACAUUGGGACCUCGAGGUCUGUAAGCGUGUCACUGAAAGCUUGUAGUGUGUCUGAGGUUUUCAUUAGAAAGUCAUUUCAUCUGUUAAAAAACAGAGCAUGAAAUGAUGCGAGAGCUUCAUUGUGGGGUGUCAGAAAAAGUCAAGUUCGUCUGAGAUUUCUACUGAAGUCGGAGGCUUUGUGUUGUAACAUCACGAGUUCAGAUGUUCCUCUCUCUCAUCAGUGUCGUCUUCUCUCCUUACUGUGCUCCUUACUUGGAUUAAUCCGUCCCGCUAACGUCAGCUGAAAUCUCCCCCCAAAUUCUUUUCCUUCAUCCAUCCUUUCUGUCCCUCCAUCAUUACCUUUAAGAUGGUUGUGAAGUUGUGUUGGCUUUUUGUUUUAAAGAUCACGGCACACGGCUGUCGUUCACAUCCACACACACAUUGUAUACACAUUGUUCACAUCCACACACACAUUGUAUACACAUUGUUCACAUCCACACACACAUUGUAUACACAUUGUUCACAUCCACACACACAUUGUAUACACAUUGUUCACAUCCACACACACAUUGUAUACACAUUGUUCACAUCCACACACACAUUGUAUACACAUUGUUCACAUCCACACACACAUUGUAUACACAUUGUUCACAUCCACACACACAUUGUAUACACAUUGUUCACAUCCACACACACACUGUCUGGUAGAAGUAAACUUAUGGGGACCGAAAGGUUCUUAUGAGCACAAUAACGUAAGGGUUCACUUUAAGAUAAAACUCACACUCUCUCACAUACACACACACACACACACACACACCCUCUCACAUACACACACACACACUCUCUCUCGCACACACACACACUCUCUCGCAUACACACACACACUCUCGCUCUCACACACACACUCUCUCACACACACUCUCUCUCGCACACACACACUCUCGCAUACACACACACACACACUCUCUCACACACACACACACACACACACACACUCACACACACAUUUUUUUAGAAUUAGAAAAUUUAGGUAAGAUUUUCCCCAAACAACUUUUUUUAAGUCACUACAUCAUCUACAUUCUUUAUCUCCUCUAUAAACAUUUAUGUUUUGCUGAAUUGACUGGAAAUCAGUAAAAAUCACUAAAUAUUAUAAGCAUAAACACCAUAAACACUAGAAAUAUACACACACACCCAAACACUCAGCGCCUCUCAGAUAACGCUGUAAACUGAAAUAUUGUAUAUUUUCCAUCCGACCUCAUCUGUAUGUGUGCGUGUGCGUGUGCGUGUGCGUGUGUGUGUGUGUGUGUGACCUUGCUGUUGUAACCUGAUUCAUGCAGACUGGACAGAUAUAACUCUGAAACUCAACUCCACUGUAGUGUCUGUGGUUUCAUGCAGACAAGACAAUGACACCAGCAAAAAAAAAAGUGUGUGUGUGUGUUCUGUGACAGCGAGCGCCGUCCUUGAUAAGCAAGAAGAGUGUGAAAAUAAAAGGCUUCAGGAAAGGAUUUUCUGCACUCCGGGCUACCAACAAAUCCAAACAAACCAAAGUGUGUUAUGUAAGAAACAGUUUCCUUUGUGUUGUUAAAAAAACUUCACGUCCUUUUUGUGGCUUUAUGUUCAUGAAUUAUAUAGUUGGGUAUUUUGUCCAUCUACAGGGUGUCCCAAAAGUGUCCAAACGCAGGGGACAUCUCUCCUGCUCACGAUCAACUCACUAACGUGUGAAAAACGUCUUCUCGUUCGAUUCGGUUCAAAAGAGCUACUGUAUGUUCUGUACCUUCUCCUGUUACAUUCUGGUCUUCACAUCCAUCCACAGGUGAAAACCUUUAGAUAAAAAGGCUAAGUAUAAACUAGGCGUUUAAUUGAGGAGGUGUUAACGUCCCUGUGUUUGGAGACGUCUGGGACACGCUGUAAAGGUUUACAGGAAACUUUAUGCCACGCGGAUAUUUUAUCAGAAAUGUGGCUUACUAAAACUACUUCACAUAAAAUAUAUAAACUGAAUAUUUGUUGUUUGCAAAUUUUGGAGCUAAUUAGUCAUUUGUUACUGAUAUGUUUGUAGCCCAGUGCGCAAAGUCUCCGAAAUCUCCUGUCAUUUGACUGCAGCAUUAAACCUGAGCCUGUUUUUCACACGUGGGUAACAUUGAAUUAGCUGAACUGGAUCGUCAUGGACUUUUUUCGUCAAAGCCGAUGUUGGAUCUUGUUACCAUGACGACAAAACUAUAAGCUCUAACCUGUUUAAAAUGUUCGGAUCAGGAGGCAGAAACUUGACUCUUUUUUGUCCGAGUGUUUGGAGAUUUAUUUUACUGACAGCCUGAUUGUCUAAAGCGGGUUUACAGAGAAAGUCGUUAUCAUUAAGUUUAAACAUUUUUUGUGAGACUGACCCCAGGACAGACUCCGUCUGAUGCCUGUUAGCUAAUAUGAGAAAGGGGUUUAAACUGAAUCACAGUUCAGCAAAGAAAGUGAAUCAGAUUGUAACUUUGUGGAGCUGAGAAAAGCCUGAGACGGUGUGAAGUGCCAUUUUAGACUCAGUACCUCCACUUGACUUGACACCAGAAAACAGUCAUCACCAAAAAUGCACACGAUACACGAUAAGUUUUGUCUUUUGCGUGUCUGCGUCUGUGCGUGUGCUGAUCACCAGUUACACAACUGACAUCUUACGCCAUUAUAUUGUGAGAGGAUCAUCGUGUUAUAGGGUGUCAUAUUUAUUUAAUUUAAUUUAUUUAAGCUUCUUUACAGAUGUCUAUGCUUUUUAUUUGCUUUCCAAAAAUGUUCCAUAUUUUUUUUUCUUUCUUCAAACUGUUCUGAUGCUUACAGUGAAGCGCUGUUUGGGGUUUGUGUGAAACUCAGCAUCGUUAUUCAUCAUUGCAGUGACUGUUAAUGUAAAGCAAAGACUAACUCAUAAUAAUAAUAAUAAUAAUAAUAUAAUGACAAUAAACAGUCAAAGAUUAUCACGAAAGCCAAACACGUAACGUCGGCACACGCCAAAUCACGUCUCAGAUGUCACACUGGACUUCUUUUCUUUUUUUAAGCGAUCUGCAUAUUCAUGAGUCUGGAUGUGACUGCACUGUAUUGAUUAACGAGGUCUGGAUUUUCUUUAUUCAGAUAAUUACUGAGCAUCGUGGGUUCCACAGAGCCCACGUCAUACAAUCGAUCUAUACAGUGCAGGUCACCUACAAAUCACCAAAAGACAGAAUUAUGCAACGACUGAUUCUUACUGCACUCUGUGAGGCGGACGAUAAAAAAGAAAAAAAGAAAUCGCAAUUUUUAACCUUGUUCAAAAUUUUCGCAGGUGAAAAAAGCUGCCUUAACUGUCGCUUCUGCACUCCAGCAGUCUGAUGUUAAAAAAAAUCAUUCACUUUGUAUAAAAAAUAAAAAAAAAUACACAAGAGAAAAAAAACACUAUCACAAUAUAAAAUUCAUGCUCUUGAUGAUGUAUAUAUUGCUUUUUUUCCUCUGUGACUUGUUUGUGAUGGGGAUUCGCAAACGAGUUCGACUCUUACGUGAAUCCGAUGAAUUCAUUCGCGAACGCAAAACUAAUCAAAAGGUUCUUUCUGAUCCGAACAGAAAAGGAACCGGUUCUGUUCCAGUUUGUGGUCGUCGUGGUGACGAGCUGCUCGGUAGCGAAUCGAACGAAUCGAAACUGGAAUCGAAAAUCCCUAAAGUGAGUCGACACAAACGCGACUUCGAUUCUUUGUAUUUCGCGUCAUCUCCCCUCGUGUUGUAUUUCACAUCAUCCGCCCUUGUAAAUCGUACUCGCAGAACAUUUUCUAGUAUUAUUUAUUAAUGACAAAGUGUUUGCAUUUGCAAAUAAACAAAAAGAAGGAAGGUGUCGUUUUGAACAGGGUAUCCUGCAGAGAGGCCUUCAGCCCACGUGCGUUCGCUUCUUUUCUAAAUUAAGAAAGGAAACAGCAGGAAAAAUAAUGAUAAUGAUCUUUUUGUCUUUUUAUUAUGAAAUUGUUAUUAAAAAAAAAAGUUGCCAAGUUUGCUUUUAAAAACAAAUGUAUCUUUUUUUUGUCUUGUAACAGUAUUUGUUUUG